AUGUUACAGGAGGAAGAGUUCAUCACCAUAGAGCAGAAAGGAAAAAAUGUCUCCCUGAUAUGUGAAGGGGGCGAUAAUAAGACACGCUGGAUAAAAGACAAGAUGAAUCUAACCUACCAAGGGAAGGAGUUGGCUUUGGCUGUGAUGGAUGACCCCAAAGGCAUCUAUAAGUGUAUCACCCAAAAUGGGAAAAGCAGAUCCCUGCAAGUUUUCAUCCGGAUGUGCCAAAACUGUAUCCAUCUGGACUUCACUAUGAUUCUGGGGAUUUCAGCAGCCAGCCUCCUCGCCACAGUCUUUCUGGCUAUUGCUGUGUACCACAUAGCCGUGGAAGAGCGGGGCCGGCCAACCCAAGCUUCUGAUAAGCAGUGCCUGUUGGCCAACGACCAGCUGUACCAGCCUCUCCAGGAGCACAAUGACAGGCCUUAUAGCCACAUUGGCAUCGCCAAGCCUCGCCGCCGAUGAAGCCGUUCUCCAGCCGCAUUCAGGUUCUCCUUCCUGGGCUCAAUCCCUGAGGGACGUCCAUUACACAGCUCCGUCUGUGCCUGCCUUCUACUCCAGGGCCUCAAGCCUGUGAGAGCCAACAAGGUCUGCUGGAGCUAUCGGAGCUGCUGGAUUCCAUUUUCUGUUUGUUAAACUAAAGAGUGUGGGCUGGG